AUUACAGGCGUGUGCUGCCACCAUGCCCAGCCUACCUCUAUUUAAAAAAGAGGAAACAAAAGAUGUCUGAAUUGAGAUGGAAAGAAGUCUUAGUCUUUGAAGCGAUACUGGGUCAUAAGCUUUGCCCAGGAACUGCACAAUGUAUCAUAUUUUUAUCAGUGUCACCUCUGUGGUGGCAGCACGUUCCUUGAGGUGAUGAGGUUUUUGUUACUAUAUGCUACACAGCGAGGACAGGCAAAGGCCAUAGCAGAAGAAAUUCGUGAGCAGGCGGUAGUGCGUGGGUUUUCUGCAGAUCUUCACUGUAUUAGCGAGUCUGAUAAGUAUGAUCUCAAAACGGAAACAGCUCCCUUGGUGGUGGUUGUUUCUACCACAGGCACCGGCGACCCUCCUGACACUGCCCGCAAGUUUGUCAAAGAAAUUCGUGACAAGACGCUGCCCUCUGAUUUCUUUGCUCACCUGCGGUAUGGCCUGUUAGGUUUGGGGGAUUCGGAAUACACGUACUUCUGUAACGGGGGGAAGGUGAUUGAUAAACAACUUCAGAAGCUCGGCGCACGGCAUUUCUACGACACUGGCCAUGCGGAUGACUGUGUGGGUUUGGAACUUGUGGUUGAGCCAUGGAUCGCCGGACUCUGGGCGGCUCUGGAAAAGCACUUCAGGUCAAGAGAAGGGCAAGGGGAGACGAACGGGAGUCUCCCAAGGGCGCCAAAUGCCUCCUUGAGCACAGAGGCUGCGAAGCCAGAGUCAUUGCCUAUUGAAUCUCAAGUGGAACUUCUGAGAUUGGAUGAUUCAAGAAGAAAGGAUUCUGAAGCUUUGGAACAAAAUGAAGCAAAUAGAGGUCAAUCAAGUACUUUAACUGGAGACUUUGAACCCUCGCUGAUCUGCUCGGGACCCCCACUCGCGCAGGCCUCUCUGACUAUUCCUGCUUUGCCCCCAGCAUAUUUACAGGUGCAUCUGCAGGAGCCCCUUGGCCAGGAGGAAGAAAGUCAAGCAUUUGUGACUUCAGUGGAGCAGCCAGUCUUUCAAGUUCCAAUUUCAAAGGCAGUUCAACUAACUACCAGUGAUGCUGUAAAAACCACUCUGCUGCUAGAGCUGGACCUUUCCAAAACAGAUUUCUCUUAUCAGCCUGGUGAUGCCUUCAGCGUGCUGUGUCCCAACAGUGACGCCGAGGUGCAGGGCCUGCUCCACAGGCUGCAGCUGGCUGGAGGGCGGAACCACCGCGUCCUCCUGCAGGUCAAAGCCGACACCCGGAAGAGAGGAGCUGCCCCACCCCAGCACAUACCUGAGAAGUGUUCUCUCCAGUUCAUGUUUACCUGGUGCCUUGACAUACGAGCAGUUCCGAGAAAGGCAUUUGUGCGAGCCCUCGUGGACCACACCAGCGAUGGUCCUGAAAAGCGGCGGCUGCAGGAGCUGUGCAGUAAGCAGGGAGCAGCAGAUUAUAACCACUUCAUCCGGGACGCCCGCGUCUGCCUGCUGGACCUGCUCCUGGCCUUCCCAUCCUGUCAGCCGCCGCUGGACAUCCUGCUUGAACAUCUUCCUAAACUCCAGCCCAGGCCAUAUUCUUGUGCAAGCUCAAGUUUGUGUCACCCAGACAAGCUUCAUUUUAUCUUUAAUGUCGUGGAGUUCUUGUCACACACCCCAGAGGUGGCGAUUCUGCGGAAGGGCGUGUGCACGGGCUGGCUCACCACGUUGGUCGCCCCAUUUCUUCAGCCAAACUCACAGGCAUCGCGUGCGGACAGCGGAAAAGCCCCGACUCCUGAGAUAUCCAUCGCCCCUCGAGCAGCCAGUGCUUUCCGCUUACCAGAUGACCCCUCCGCCCCCGUCAUCAUGGUGGGUCCGGGGACCGGCAUAGCGCCCUUCAUUGGCUUCCUGCAGCACAGAGAGAAACUCCAAGAACAGCAGCCAGAUGAAAAUUUUGGGGAGAUGUGGUUGUUUUUUGGCUGUAGACAUAAGGAGAGAGACUACUUAUUCAGAGACGAGCUCAGGCAUUUCCUGGAGCAUGGGACCUUGACUCACCUAAAGGUCUCCUUUUCAAGAGACGCCCGUUUGCGGGAGGAGAAGGCCCCGCCGAAGUAUGUGCAAGACAGCCUCCAGCUGCACGGCCAGCAGGUGGCGAAGGUGCUCCUCCGGGAGCACGGCUACAUUUACAUGUGUGGAGAUGCAAAGAAUAUGGCCAAGGAUGUCCAUAACAGCCUUGUGGAAAUAAUAAGCAAAGAGCUCGGAGUUGACAAACUGGAAGCAAUGAAAACUUUGGCUACUUUAAAAGAAGAAAAACGUUACCUCCAGGAUAUUUGGUCAUAAAACCAGAAAAGAAAUAAGCCUUUUUUUUUUUUUUUUCUGAAAAUAUUGAACAGCCGUUUUAAUGAAGCUGAAAUUUAAAUCUUAAUUUUUUUUUUUUACUUUUCUUGGGGUCCAGAGGGAAGUGGGUCUCUUGACAGCGAUUCUGCCUGCCGCAUUCACCCCCUUCCUGUGCCUGCCACCCCACCCAAGUGCCUGUGUGUGGCUCCCAAGCCAGGUGUGGCCCAGCUCACCUGCAGGUCCCCAGGUCUGGAGAACUUGGCAACCUCCCCGGGUCGCCUGGGUGCAGCGCUGCCUGAGGAGGCUUUGGAGAGGAUGCUUGUGCAGGUGCCAGACCGGCUGGAAUCCGCUGGUGCACAAGGCUUGUAAACUUCCCUUGUCAACGUUUUAAAAAAAUAACGUGAAAGUAAUUUGUCUUUUGUAUGAUGUGUAUUCAUGAAGAAUACUCAUACUGAUUUAUUUAAAUUAUACAUGUAGACUCUACCUGUUUGUAUAUUUUUUUAACUAUCAAAUGAUUAUUACCAAAACUUUCUGAUAAAAAUAU